CUUCGAAACAGGCGGCAGCGCUGGGCGACAAACUGCGGCGGCGGCGGCGGUUGGUUGCAGGCUUGCUGGCACGCACAGAUUGAGCCCGAGUCGCCCCGAGAAGUGACCUCGCUCCCGGGCUGGUUCCAAGAAGUUCGCACCAUUGUGCCCGUAUAGAUGGUUUACGUUGGAGCAGGAGUUGAACCCAGAGGAAUCCAGUGCUUUGUACUACCAUAGUGCUGUUUUGAUGAUUCCAAGAGCAGAGCUUUGGAGCCAACGCCACCGAUUCUUUUGGUUUUUUGACGGAUUAUCACGGGGAGCAGAGAAGUUUCAUCUCCGUGUAAAUGACCAUGCAGCCUGCCAUCCAAGUGUGGUUUGGGGAAGAUCUGCCUCUAAGUCCCAGGUGUCCCCUGACUCCCAGACAUGGCCCGGGACUGGCUGAUGUUUGCCAGUAUGACGAGUGGAUAGCCGUGAGACAUGAAGCCACCCUGCUGCCUAUGCAGGAAGAUCUCUCUAUUUGGUUAUCUGGCUUACUAGAUGUUGACAUCAAGGCAGAAAGAUUAUUGGAAGAACUCGAUAAUGGAGUGCUGCUGUGCCAGCUAAUCAAUGUUCUUCAGAACAUGGUGAAAGCCUGCCACUCUGACGAGCCAGGGAACUUUCCAAUGAGAAAAGUGCCCUGUAAGAAAGAUGCUGCCUCGGGCUCAUUCUUUGCCAGAGACAACACCGCCAACUUUCUUCACUGGUGCCGGCACAUCGGGGUUGACGAGACUUACCUCUUUGAGUCUGAAGGUUUAGUUUUACAUAAAGAUCCCAGACAAGUGUACCUUUGUCUUCUUGAGAUUGGUCGGAUUGUGUCAAGAUACGGAGUUGAGCCACCAGUAUUAGUAAAACUUGAGAAAGAAAUUGAGUUGGAAGAGACCUUGCUUAAUGCCUCGGGGCUUGAAGAGUCCAUCAGCAUCCCCAAAUCCUGCUGUCAGCAAGAAGAACUGCAUGAAGCGGUUAAACACAUUGCGGAGGACCCUCCUUGUAGCUGCUCUCAUCGGUUUUCUAUUGAAUACUUAUCUGAAGGGCGGUACCGGCUAGGGGAAAAAAUUCUCUUUAUAAGGAUGCUUCACGGAAAACACGUUAUGGUCCGUGUUGGUGGAGGCUGGGAUACGCUACAGGGAUUUUUGCUGAAGUAUGACCCCUGUCGAAUUCUGCAGUUUGCUACACUAGAACAAAAAAUCUUAGCAUUUCAAAAAGGAGUUUCUAAUGAAAGCGUGCCCGAUUCCCCUGCCAGAACGCCUCAGCCUCCAGAAAUGAACCCUUUGUCAGCAGUUAAUAUGUUUCAGAAACAAAAUUUAAGACCUGGCACACCAGUGAGUGUUCCAAAGAACAAGGAGAAACAGGUACGUCGGCCAGGUGCACGUCUGCCUGCAUCGUCAGUAAAAGGUAAUUUGGCUUCCCCGUCUACCCGGUCUAAACGGCCAGAUUCUCCAGCAUCAUUUCCACAUCCCAAGGUCACAUCUUUGAAGGACGUAGCAAAAAAGACGACUGCUCCUUCCAACAGUGUAUCGCAGUCCCUGGCUUCUCUAAAUCCAGGGUCUAAACCAAGCACUGCACAGUGUGCCUCAGAGUCAUCUCGAAAAUGUGUCACCUUCCCCAAGACUGCUCAGACCAAGGCUAUUCCAGCCCAGAAUUCAAGAGAUCUGUCUAAGUCUAGACUUUUACCAAGUAAAUCUCCUGGAAAAAUGGAACCAAAGCAUUUGAAACACAAUCAUCUUUCUUCUAGGGAUGAGUCACGUAUAAAUGUAUCAUCCAAGUCCCCAAAGCUACCUAAAGGAGCCAUGCACGGAAGGCCUAACCUUUCUCCUUUCCAGCCGCCUGCCAAAGUGACCAAGCCCAGUUCUCAAACCAGAGCCAUAGGUCUAGGGACACAGUCUCAGCCACCCUCUAGAACUCCGAGGUCAGGAGCAGUCUCAGCACAAAGACUUCAGCCUACAUUGAAUUUAAAUAGUCCAGCUUCUGUGUGCUCAGGGUCCUCUGCAAAAGCUACUCAGGAAUCGAAAGGUACGAAUACAGUUUCAGUUGCCAAAAAGCAACCUCAGAGUAAGGGUGUCUGCCAGAAUCCGGGACCUGGCUCUUCAAAGUCUCCUGGCCGUACCCCGCUGUCUAUUGUGACUGUUCCUCAAUCUGCUACCAAGACAGAAACUGUCGCGGCGAAGUCAGCCAAGACUGCCCUGAAGGGCCAGGACUCAGCUAAAGGGCCUCCCAAAAGCAGCAAGCCACCGACUUCCUUCAGGGACCCACCCUCAUCUGGUAAGGGGGCAGACAGCGGAGAUAAAACGCCCACUGCCCGGAAGAAGGAAGAGGAUGACCAUUAUUUUGUUAUGACCGGAAAUAAGAAGCUUAGGAAAUAAAUACACUUGUAUAGUUUCAGCAAAUCAGGGUGAUCAAUGAAUGGCGAGCCACAAGGAUCACCAAAGAUCUUCCUAUUUGUGUCUGUCCGGAGAGCUGCAGACAUGAAGUCAAGAUGGGAUGAAGCUGGGUCAGGGAAAGGACCCAUGCAUUUUGUGUAUCAAUGGACAAAUGUGUGAGUUUUGAUCUGUAUCAUCUUGCUAAUGAUGUCUGCUGUUUGAGGGAAAUGUAAAAGUCCAAGAACACUACUAGAAUUUUAACUAUUGGUGGUAUAUUUUUGAACACAGGUUAACUGUGGAGGUUAUCUGCUAAUAGCAACUCCGAUACUCUUAAACACUAGUUACUGUGCUCAGCCACAAAGCAGUGGUUUGCUUGGCGCUAGUGUGUGCCUGUAAUCCCAGCUCCAAAGGCUGAGGCAGGGGUACACAGUAAAAGCGAGCAAGGUUUUGAAAUGUGCUGUAAUAGGCACCUAAUUUAUUGGUCAGGAAUCCUGGUCCAGCAAUCCUAAGUACCAAUGGCUCCUGCUGUUUACUUUGAUAUUAUUCUGGAUUAAAUGGAAUUCUUACUAUUUAAAUCUCUAUAAUAUUUCCAUAGCAGAGGGACUAUUUGAUUUUUUAAUUAAACUGGGCUUUUAUUAAUACUGUAUCAUUUUAUAACCAAUAUUUUUGAUAAAAAGAAAAAAAACUCAACCAAGUAAGUUAACUUAUUGAAUCAUAAGCUGAAACUUAGUAAGAAUUAAGUUUUUUAAAUAUAAAUAUAUAAUCUAGACACUUUGUAUCUUAUAUUUUUAGAUGAAGUCUGUGCAGUGUGACAGGGAAACAUUUAAUAGCUUUUAGCAUACUAAGAUAUUUUAAAUAGACAUUUCCUAUAUGUACAUAUAAAUUUUUUUCAUUAAAAUAAUGUAUUUUGAUACCAGAAUUAGGUUUUAAUGAUCUUAAAAUUAAAAGGGAUGGGGGUGGCUCAAUGGAUAAAUCAUGUCUAGUACAGGCAUGGGGAUUGGAGUUUGGUGUCCCCAUACCUACAUACAAAUCUGGGUGGGCUUGAUGGUCUGCCUGUAGUCCCAGCACUCAGGAGGAAGAGACAGGAUUUCCUGGGACAAGCUGGCUGGCUAGAGGAGCUGAUGGAUGAGAGCCAGCUCUUUUGAGAGACCCUACCUUAGUAAAAAAGGAAGAUACCCAAAGUCAAUGUCUGCUCUCUCUAUGUACAGACUCAUACAUAUAUCCUGUUCACAUAUGCACACACACACGCACGCACACACACACCUAUGAAUGCAUAUAUACACACAAACUCACAUACAUGCAUGCACACCACGUAUAUUGACGCGCACAGAAGAUUAAGAUGGUAUUAAGAGAACCUUUGUGUGAUACUAUGCACACAUCUCAUCAGGUGACUUGCAUUUCUUUUGCUAGCACACUGUCGAUUUUAAUUAGUCUCCAAAUUAUGUUCAUCUUCAUUAGUAAGGCCAUGUUGUGCUCAGAUUUCCAGUGCCCAGCAGACAGUGUACGUGGUGCCUUCUGUUCUGUAGGCAGAUUCUCGUCAGGAAUAGCCAAUGAUUUCAUGACAGCAUAAACACCUUCCACCCACAGGGAUACUUGUAAAUGAUUAUGUACAGGCUUGUCACUAUUUAAAGUUUAUUAAUGGACUUGGGGAACUUUUAAGGGUGUUAAGUAACUAUGGUAUUACCAGUUAUCCUAAGUUGUAGGAAGGAAAAGCAGGUCUAAGAGGUGUGUGCUUGUAAUUCCAUUGCUUGGAAAAUGGAGGCAGAAGGAUCAGAAUUCAAGGUCAUCUUCAACUAUGCACUAAAGACACGCCUCAAAAAAAAUUGUCACUUUGACUCCUCUUUUAUAACUCAGAUGCCCUCCCUUUAAAAUCUGCUUUCCACCCUCCUCCUCUUCCCUUCUUUUCUUUGUGAGACUGAGGAUCUAUGGUGUCUCACAUUGAUAGAUAAGCAUUGCGACUGAGCUUCCUCCUCAGCCCCUUCAAAUACGGUUUCUAACACAAACAAAAUAGUUGACCCAGACGUGCCAUCAUGAAGUGAGUGAGCAUCGUAGCUGGCUGCUGGCAUUCUCUAGACCUACCUAUAGCAAGAGAACCUUGGGUAAAGACCACUGGAUCUUUACCCAAGCGGUAUGCUUAAAAUCAAAGAUCUACUCAGGAUAGCUUACAACAGAAAACCACCAAAAACUUGCCAAACGUUCCGGUUCUGAGCAUCACAAAUGGCAAUAUGUACAUCUUUGAAAGCACCUCUAGCACUCAAAAGAGAUGCCAGGAGCAUUUCUGUAAUCAGGAAUAUCUAACACACCUUUCAGAGAGGAAGGAUUGUAGCUUUAUAGAGGCUAUUCCCUCAUAUAGAGGGCCGCUGAAACUAUCUCUAGAUCAGUAACUUCUGAGAAUUAAAAGAAAAAUAUAAAUUAUACUAUAGGCAGACUAAACCUAUGACUCAGUACAUUGUACAGUUUUAUAAACAUUAUCUUUUGUGCUGGAUAAUCAAGAAUUAAGAUAUUCUCAGACACCUGGCACAAAUUCCCAAAUUAAC